GAAAAGGACGAAGAAGAAAUAGAGAAAAAAAGAAAAAAACUAAAGCGUUGCGCACAAAUUUUGCCAGCGUGACUUUUUGUCUUUUGAGUGAUUUCGAAGGCACCUGCGAUUUUGCGCUUGAGUAGAAUUGCUUGAGAUACUUGUUGUUAAUCCUUUUAUUGCUAUUCUGUCGUCUUUUGCUCGUCCCAGGGACGAACGGACGGACAGACAGACAUCCGUCAUUCAAUCACAUGGCGCAAAGACGAGGACACGUAAGGUACUUGAAGGUGUGCGAGGUGCAGGCAUCCCAGAACGACGUCAGAGACGGUCAAGGAGCUAGCGGAGGAAAGGAGAUGUACGACAACGGCUAUGGCGAGCACGCUGCGGACGACGACAACGCCAGAACCAACCUGAUCGUCAACUACUUGCCGCAGAGCAUGAACCAGGAUGAGCUGCGCAACCUGUUCAGCAACGUCGGCGAGGUGGAGUCAGCCAAGCUGAUUCGGGACAAAGUGGCAGGCAACAGUUUAGGUUACGGCUUUGUUAACUUUGUUAACGCUAGUGAUGCCGAGAGGGCAAUCAGUUCCCUCAACGGCCUGAGGCUUCAGUCUAAAACCAUCAAGGUGUCGUACGCGCGCCCCAGCUCGGACACCAUCAAAGAUGCUAAUCUGUACAUUAGCGGCCUGCCUCGCACCAUCAGCCAGCAGGACCUGGAAGACAUGUUUGCCCGUUACGGACACAUCAUCAAUUCCCGCGUGCUGGUGGACCAAGCAUCAGGUUUGUCGAGGGGCGUGGCCUUCAUCAGAUUUGACAAGCGGGCCGAGGCCGAGGAUGCCAUCAAAGAGCUUAAUGGGCACACGCCUCCUGGCAGCUCUGAGCCAAUCACGGUGAAGUUUGCUGCCAAUCCCAACCAGGCCAGGAACUCUCAGUUGAUGUCUCAAAUGUACCAUGGCCAACCGCGACGCUUCGCUGGACCCGUGCACCACCAGGCACAGAGGUUCAGAUUCUCUCCAAUGAGCGUGGAGCACAUGGGCGGGGGUGGCGGGGCUUCCGGAGGCUCAUCUGGUUGGUGCAUCUUCAUCUACAACCUGGGCCAGGAGGCGGAUGAGGCCAUGCUCUGGCAGCUCUUUGGGCCUUUCGGCGCCGUCAGCAACGUGAAGGUGAUCCGAGACUUCAACAGCAACAAGUGCAAAGGCUUUGGCUUCGUCACCAUGAACAACUAUGAGGAGGCGGCCAUGGCCAUACACAAUCUCAACGGCUACAGGCUGGGAGACAAAGUCCUCCAGGUCUCCUUCAAGACCAGCAAGGGACACAAGUAGACCCCCUGUCCUUUACAGGUGCAAGGUGGUGGUUUAUUUUUUUGUUGUUCUCCUCAUAAGUAGCUCAUAUGAGUCAGCGGACACCCAUUUUUGCUGUCCCGAUGGGUGGGAAAAAAAUACUUUAGUUGAACUUGUCACAAGGUCAGAUCCUUCUCAUACUCUACAAUGUUGCUUGUUUGAUGUCAAAUCAUUAAAACUAAAUAAAAACCCAUCCAAAAAGUCA